AUGGCAGCUCCAACCGAGUCUGUUUACAAGAGUAUCAACGCACUUGCACAAAACAUUGAACUAAAUAGAAGAACAAUCACUUCCUUGAUUACCGAGUCGGAAGACUUCAAAAAUGCUCCUCAAUGUACUGUAUUCUAUCUACUAGCUAAAUUAUUGAAUAUUGAGGAUUUGGCAGAUGUCAAUGACUCGUUAUCGGGGUCGUUAACCCUGGAGGACUCAUUAUUGUGCAGAAACAUAUUUUUGAAUGAUGAGUUUGUGGUCGGGUGGAUCGAUACAAGACAUACCGAACUUUUUGAGAAAAUAAAUCAACUAGAUCUUAAGGAUGAUAACCAAGCUUUGCAAUCUCACAAUAUAGUUCCCGAUGUCAACUUAUCAAACUAUCUUACACAAUUGUACUCUCAAAUUAUUGAUAACGUGUUCUCUCUUGAUCUAGCUCAUAAGGGCUCUGAAAGCCGAACUGAAUCAUGGAUAUAUUUACUCUUUGACGUUGUAACUCAGCUAAAGAUAGACUCAUUCGGUUUGGAAUCUGAUAAUGAUAUUAGCAGAUUAAAUCUUAAGUUAUUUGUUCUUGAGGCUUACUAUCAGUUAGCGUCACUAUCUCCCAUCAACAAGCUUCUACUUUCACAAGCAAAAAUUACAGACAUAAUUGUGAAAGAACUCACUGCUAUGCUCACAAACGUCUUGGAACUAAAAGAGAUCCCGAAUGAUGACGCGAAGCUGUUAUAUUUCCAGUCUUUAUUCAACUUGUAUUUGGUAUUGGGAGAAGUGGGAAUGAUCGAUUAUACCUUCUUUAUAGAAUCCUUCAGGAAGAUUAUCAAACUCAACGAUCAACUAACUAAAAAGAAAUCACCUUCACAAAAUUAUGAAACCAGGGAAAUAUUUUUCCUCAGAAUUUUCAAGAAUUUAUUAGCAAAUCUCGAGAAACUAAAUGCCAGUUCCAAUAUUGCGGUAUCGAAUUUUACAAAAACAAAAAAUCAAGAAUCAGUGCUAACUCCAUCAAAUUUUUUGCUUUUCCCGCCACAAGGUUAUAUUGAUUUCAAUAACCUAAAAAUAUCGGAAAAUGGGUUCACAGUUCAAAUGUGGGUCCAAUUCACUUGCAAAAACGAUCAGCCUGUGGCCACAACCGUUCCGGAAAUGUCACUUGCCUCGCUAAAUUCAAACAGCAAUCCAGUGUCUGAUGACCAAAAUAUUAUAUUUUUGAAUCUACUCAAUUGCACAAACGAUGUAUUUUGGGAAUUGGGUAUAAACAAACAGGAAAAUUGUAUAGCCUUGAAAGUUCUCGAUUCCAGUGGACUUUCUAUGAGUAGAAAAUUCACCAACUUCAACUUGGAUUUUUUCAGUACUCGAAGAGAAGAAGAAAUUCCUGGCUCUGAUCAGAGUGAUGAAUCGACCAUGAGUAACAUAACAGAUGACCAAUACCAAAGAACGAAGUUCCACAACAUUGUGCUUAUCCAUAAGUUCAAUAAUGAUAAGCAUGAUAAAUUCAAGCCGUCCCAGGUUUAUUUGAUUGUUGAUGGGCAGUUUAUCCAAUCUGUGAAUAUUCCCCUGAACUCUUUGCCAACGCAUAACUCAGAAGUAUCGGUAAGGUUCGGAAACAUGUCACUGAACAUUAGCAGAUCAUAUAUCUCGUUCAACAAUUUACUCUUAAUUAACAAAAUCCAACCGCACCAGUGGAUUAUUUUGAAUUAUUUUUUAGGACUCAAUUAUCAUCAUAAUUAUGAAGACUUGAAUCUAAUUAACAAGUUUUUGGGCUACAAGUCAUUGAGUUUAUUUGAAUUGAAGUCAAAUGAGUUGAAGUUGAAUUACGACCAAACUACGACAGAAGAAAAUGGCUAUGAAGACAACUAUGAAUCAAUGAACUCAAGUUUAUUAAGCCAGUCCUUGAAGAAUGAUAGUUCAGGAAUUUUAAAUCGAAGCUUCGGUAAGAUACAAAAAAAAUUACCUCCAAGAAAAGUUGCUGCGUUCAAUUUAAAUUUUGUUUUGGUUGGUGAUGAUCUGAUAGUGUUGAAUUUCCAUGCAAAGAAUGUUGUUCACAAAAGCCUGGCAAUCAAAUUGGUAGUGAAUCCUCUUAAAGACAAUUUAGUUAAUAGUGUCACUACUUUCAACUCAGAUACACUGAAUGAUGGGAAGUCUGGUUCAAAGCUUGAAAGUUCAUACGUAUUGAAUACUGUGUUAAAUUCUGUUAAUAACUUGGAGUUGAAUCGUAAAUACUUAGGCGUCAUUAGUUCAAAUGCCAGAAUCAUAAAUUACCGCUCAAAUUCCAAUACCACAGUAAACUUUUUCAAUUCCAUUGAUGGUAUAACUACCUUGCUAAAGUUAAUAGAAUCUAUUAAUGCUUACAGUGAUGAUUCAGAGGAGUUAAUUAUUAAUACUGAAAAGCUUGUCGCUUUGCUUCGAGUAUUAUUCUCAUUGAUUUCACAACAUCAUGUGUUUGCAAGGGAAAUGGAAGAAAAAGGAGGUUACCACAUUCUUUCAAUUAUAUUGAAGAACAAGAAAAAAUUAUGUGGCUUGAAGGUCUUGGACACAAUAUUGGAAUUUGUUGGUUAUGAUCAUGAUUAUCCAGCAGAAUCUGUUAUUGUCAAUUCCAUGGCAUAUAAAUCUUUGAUUGUGGAUUUUGAUAUUUGGAAAGAUGCAGAUAAAGAGACUUUUAAAUUUUUAUUAUUUCAGUUUACGGUUUUCAGCCAAGAUAGUAGAUAUCAUGAAUACAAUGUUAACAAGAUUGUGAAAAUGAAAAUCAUCAAAAGGUUUGUCCAAUGUUUAAAGUCCAAUGUCUUCACAGAAGAUUUCUUGUCAUCUGUUCAAAAUACAUUAUUGGUGCUAGUGAAGGCCAAUGCGACAACUGAUAUUUUCCAUGCUUUAUCAAACUAUAUCAUUUAUGCCUUGCAAGUCAAUAAAAACUUUACCGCAGACCCAAAUCUUGUUCUCUCCGAAAAUCCGGAGUUGCAAAGGAAGUGUGGCGGUUGCAUUUUGGAAUUGAUCUAUUAUAUCAUUGGAAACUCACCGUCCCAUCAUAUUUUUAAAAAAAUUGUCAAAUUGAUUAAUAUUCGAUGGAUAUUAUUGUUGAUGGAUGAUGCGAAUGAGGAUAUUGUGAAACUUUCUCUUAAACUUUUAACGAAGAUGUUUUCAAUUUUAGGGGAGAGCUAUUAUUCCAAUUUCAUUGACAACAAUGGAUUCAAUAUCUUGAAAAAUUUACUCAAAAAAUGGUACAAUAAUGACGAAAUAAUAGUGAUUAUCUUCGCUGCCAGUUUUGGUGCCUCACAAUUAGAUAAUUUGGGCACUGACAUUUAUGGAUAUUCAAAGAGAUUAGCAAGAAGAAAUGACUUGCUCAGCGUGUCAAUGCCGGAGUUCUUAUUCUUGAUUUUUGAUUUGAUUGAAAAUUCUAUUGAAACGAAUAAUGACCAGCGACAGCACACAUAUGAUGUCGAGUCGUACGAAAGGUUCAUCAACUGUAUUAAAUUCAGUUUCAAGCACCUCACUUGUUUACAUGUGACUUUUAAAAAGAAGGCUUGGAUUUCAAAGGUUUGUUUGAUAAUCUACAAAUUGGAAUUGCAAGAUGUGCCCCAAAUGAACAGUAUUUUGAUUGAGUUCAAAGAGAUGCUAUCGAAAAUUUUAUGGAGCAUCAUUUUUGGCUCAGAAAACCUUAUGAUUGUCGAAGCUUGUCAGUCAGAUAUUAUUGCAAAGCAGGUGAUUGUGGGUGUGAUUUAUCCAAUUGUCCUUCAGGAGGUUAGAGAACUGUUAGAGAAAAAUGAUGUGAAAUUGCGAAAGAAGACUGUGUGUAAAAAUGUGUGCAAAUUAUUAUUGCAAUGCUCUCAUUCUACCAAUAAAUUCAUUUGGGAAAGAGCUGAUUUGAUGUUACUUCACCAGACGUUAUCAAUGUUCAUCGAGAAAUAUGGCAGUAGAUAUGAAACCGGAUCAUCUACAUUGAAGGCUUUGAAGAGAUACUUGGGAGUCUUGACCUUGGAAAGAAUGUUCCUCUUGGUAUACGCAUUGACUGAAGAAAAUCGCGCAGAGUUGAAAGAGUUGGUCAAUACCAUUCUUUAUAGCCAGGAAACAUAUUUCAGUAACGAUGUGUUUGACUCUAAGAGAUUGCACGUGUUAGUUAUGUUUCUUUUGCAAGCUGUGAAGGAAGAUGGUAUUCGGGGAGACAAUUCCAAUAUUAUGAAUGCUUUAAGAAUCAUAUUUAUGCAUAGACAACAAGAUUUUGAAAAACUUAGUUACUCAAUUAACAGUGCCGCUCCUGAAACAAUUACAUUUUUCUUUGAAUCUCUUUUGGUCUCGGAUGAUGCUACAAUUAUUGAACGACUCAACCACGACAAUUAUCUUAAAAGUAAUCUUGAAAAAUCCCUUUUUGUUUGUUACGAAAAGUUUGAAAACACCUUCUUUAAUGUCCAGUCGGUUAAAGAUGUAUUGAGAUCGAUAUCAAAAAAUGAGGAGGUCAGUAGUUCAGACGUCAAAUUAUUCAUUAAUUUUAGAACUGAGAAUGUGAAUUGGAAAUCAUCAAUUAUUUCCUCAGAGCUAGCGAAAUACUAUCGUCAUUUCCAGGAUCAGCAAGACAACUUUCAAUUUUUCAUAACUAAUUUUAAUAAAAUGAAAUUAGAAGUUUCAAGAAUUUUGAAAAUGAACUCGAAACAACAUUGGUCUGUUGACAAUAUUGAAGGUCUUGAUCGAAUUCACAAUAGAGUUAUUCCUAAGGAUGAUCUUUCUUUUGAGGACCAGUUGUUAUAUAAGAUUGAAGUCCCAGUGGUCAAACCUGCUAAAAGCACAGAUGAUAAGAAUAUUGCCAAUGCUUCCUUGCUUUAUGAGCAGAUGGAGGCAUUAUCCAUUGAUAAAGUGAAUGAGGAGACUGAGGAUUUUGAAGAUGAAGAGGAUUUUGAGUUGAUCGAAGAAGAUGCGUUCUUUGAUAGUGCACAAGAAGACAAAAAUAGGAAAGUCUUGAGAAGUUUAUUUGUUGGUGAUAGGAUCAAUGAUUUAUGGAAUGUUAGCCAAUUGCUUGGAUUGGAAGCUGAAGAAGGAAUAUUAAUUCUCGGAGAAACCCAUCUUUAUUUGAUUGAAAAUUACUUCCAUUGCUCCAAUGAUGAGGUGGUGGAUAUUGAUGAUGCUCCGCCAGAUUCAAGAGAUCCAUAUUUAAAAUUGAUUACCGGCCAACCAAAAUCCAAAAAUUUGAAAAAGUCUGUGAAGACUCAUAACACAAAGUCUUGGGAUUUGGAAAAACUUUCGUCCGUUUCCAAGAGACAAUUCUUGCUUCGUGAUGUGGCCAUUGAAUUUUUCUUUGCAAACGGCAGCAGUUUCUUAAUCAUUUGCCGCAAUGUGAAGGAAAGAGACAUAAUUCACGGAAGACUUUCUUCAAGAGCUAAAAAUAGCAGCACUGAUAGUGAUUUGAUGUUAGCGUUACGUUCAGCCAAUUAUACCCCUGCAAAAGUUGCGACUGGGCAAACCAGUUCUAGUUUUGCUUCUAAGUUGGCGAAUGCGAUCUCCUCCAAUUUGAACGGAUUCCAAUCAAUUACAAAGAAAUGGAGAGCUGGAAAAAUUUCAAACUUUUAUUACUUAAUGUUAAUCAACACCAUCGCUGGCAGAACAUUUAAUGAUUUAACUCAAUACCCGGUGUUCCCUUGGGUCAUUGCAGAUUAUACCAGCGAGGAGCUCGACUUGAAUAACCCAGAAACAUUUAGAGACCUUUCCAAACCAAUGGGUGCCCAAAGUUUCAAAAGAGCUAGACAAUUCAAAGAAAGAUACGACGCAUUGAAGGGCUUGAAUGACAAAUCAGCGCCUCCUUUUCAUUAUGGUACACAUUAUUCAUCAGCGAUGAUUGUCACUUCCUUUCUCAUCAGAUUAGAGCCCUAUGUUCAAUCAUAUCUUUUACUACAAGGUGGUAAAUUUGAUCAUGCUGACAGAUUAUUUUACUCUAUCGAAAAAGCAUGGAAUUCUGCUGCUAGGGACAAUUACGCUGAUGUUAGAGAAUUGAUCCCUGAAUUCUUCUACUUGCCCGAAUUUCUCACAAACUCCAGCAAUUUCCAGUUGGGAAAAUUGCAAAAUGGUGAAACAAUCAAUAAUGUUAUUUUGCCACCAUGGGCUAAUAAUGAUCCGAAAAUAUUCAUUCAAAAGCAACGGGAGGCUUUGGAAAGUCCUUAUGUGUCUGCACACUUGCAUGAAUGGAUUGACUUAAUUUUCGGUUUCAAGCAACAAGGCCAACAGUCUGUGGAUUGUAGAAAUGUGUUCCACUAUUUAAGUUACCGUGGAGCAAUAAAUUUGGAUGAUAUCGAUGAUGAAGUUGAAAGACGGGCAAUGACUGGCAUCAUUCAUAAUUUUGGUCAAACCCCACUUCAAAUUUUUGCAAAACCUCAUCCUCCUCGUGAACAAUUUGCUUGUCCAAUUCUUGAGGUCUUCCGAUUAUCUGAUAUUCCACGUGUUGAUAAGAGUGCCAAUUUAUCAAUAAAUCAUUUGGAAAUGGGCUACAAAUCAAGUGGUGGUGGUCUAAUUUGGAAAGGUAGAAUCAAUUUAUUUUCUACUGAAGAUAAUUUAAAGAUUCAAGGAGGGUCAUCAUUUUCAUCGUUACUUGUCAAUGGAAGGGUUUUUGAAAGCUUACAUUCAGGCAAUAUUAAUGUGUUAGUUCCAAUUGGGGAGAGAAGUUUUAUGACUGGUGCUGAUGAUGGUACAAUAAAUAUCUGGAAAUUUCCAAUCAGAGCCUCGAAAUUCAUCACGUUCAAUAGCUCUCCAGUUCUCUCGCAAUUGAAAUUUCAGGAAGAAUUGGAAUUUAAGAAAACUCUUAGAGGUCAUUUGAGUUCCGUUUUAGAUAUCAAGGUGUCCCGAACUUUUAAUUUGGCGGUCACCUUGGAUGAUUUGGGCCUCGUUUAUGUUUGGGAUUUGGUGAGAUAUAAAUUUGUGAGAGAGGUUAAUACUAAUCAUGUCCAAGGAAAAGUGAAGCAUAUAAACGUUUCAAAUACCACCGGUACUAUUGGUUUAGCGUCUGAUUUUAAUGUCUCACUUUACACAAUUAAUGGGGAAUUUAUAACUUCCGAAGUUUCCAAAGAAAAGCUCACUUGUAUUUCUUUUGCUGAUAAGAGACGCCCAAUUUCUGGAAGUUUUGAUCAAGUGAAGUUUGAAGAAAACCAUGAGUUCUGGAAAGAUGGCCAAAUAGUAUUGUUGGGUAGUGCUAGAGGUGUUGCUUUAUAUUGCUUACAGAUUAUUAAUAAUCGCUGGGCUGUUCAUGUGAUUGCAAACUUCAAAGUAAGAAACAAAGAGGGUGAAGUCAUUAGAGACAAUAGCGCCAUAACAUGCAUUGAAAUGAAUUUAAAAGCUUCAUCUGACGAAAAAAGCAACACCUACGGUACCGGUCAGAUCGCGGCUGGGGACUCUAGUGGUCAAAUUAUUGUCUGGUCCUGA